UGGGUCACGACUUCACCGAGACACACUAUGAGAAUGGCCUCCCUGUCACCCAAACCAGCAAUCACAUUGAUCAUUGCUUCUAUCACGGGAGGGUCAGAGGUCACGCCGACUCAUGGGUCGCUCUAAGCACAUGUUUGGGAAUGAGAGGUUUGAUUGUCUUGAACUCUAAUGGUACAUACUACCUGGAGCCAAUCGGAGGCCAGGAGGUUCUCCACCACACCUUCUAUCGCACUGAAGACCUGCCGUUCAAAACCGGCACCUGUGGACACAGCCAUCAGACUGGACACAUCAGCCUGUUCAGUGGUCAUCUUAAACCUUUGCAUCAAAGGGUUAGACGAAAUGCCUGGGGUACUACAAAGUACAUGGAACUGUAUAUAGUAGCUGACAACACACUGUACAGAAAGCAAAACAAGGACCUUGACAAAACUAAAAUGAGGAUAAUGGAAAUUGCUAAUUAUGUAGAUAAGUUCUACAGGGAAUUGAAUAUCCGUGUACCUCUGAUUGGUCUAGAGGUUUGGACUGAACAUGAUCAGUGCAUCAUCAAUGAGGAGCCAAAUUCAACUCUUUGGUCCUUCCUACAGUGGAGACAGAAACUCAAAUCUCGCAAGAAACAUGACAAUGCACAACUACUCACUGGUGUGAUUUUCAAGGGCACCACCAUUGGCAUGGCUCCGCUGGAGGGCAUGUGCAGUCACGAGAACUCGGGCGGCAUCAAUGUGCUCAUGCAGGUUUUCAGCCGCUGUAGCAAAAAAGACUUGGACAACUACUUCCAGAAGGGAGGAGGAAUGUGCCUGUUCAACAUGCCCAACAUGAAAGAUCUGGUCGGUGGCAAGAGGUGUGGAAAUGGCUUUGUAGAGGAAGGGGAGGAGUGUGACUGUGGAGAACCAGAGGUGAUUUAUGAAAGCGUACACCCCUUUCCAAAAGUUUUCAGUCGCUGUAGCAAAAAAGACUUGGACAACUACUUCCAGAAGGGAGGAGGAAUGUGCCUGUUCAACAUGCCCAACAUGAAAGAUCUGGUCGGUGGCAAGAGGUGUGGAAAUGGCUUUGUAGAGGAAGGGGAGGAGUGUGACUGUGGAGAACCAGAGGAGUGCACCAAUGAUUGCUGUCACCCCAGCAAUUGCACUUUGAAGGUGGAUGCACAGUGUGCCCACGGGGUCUGCUGUGAGGACUGCAAGCUGAAGCAGGCCGGCACCAUGUGCCGUGGAGCAGCCGGUGCCUGUGAUCUGCCGGAAUACUGCACAGGAGGUUCUCCCUACUGCCCCUCUAACGUUUAUCUCCUGGAUGGGUCAUCGUGUCAGCAUGGCCGUGCCUACUGCUAUAAUGGCAUGUGUCUGACCCAUGAACAGCAGUGCCUGCAGCUGUGGGGUUAUGGUGCGCAGCCGGCACAUGACGCCUGUUUUCAGGAUGUGAACGCAGCAGGGAAUGCCUUUGGAAACUGUGGUAAGGACAGUCAUGGAAACUACGUAAAGUGUGAGAAAAGUGAUGCCAAAUGUGGUAAGAUACAGUGCCACAGUGCUGCCAAGAAACCAAAGGGCACCAAUGCUGUGUCCAUAGACACCACUAUCCGCACAGACGGCAUUGAGGUGAAGUGCCGGGGCACAUAUGUUUACAGCACCCAAGAUGGGCAGGGCGAUCUUCCAGACCCUGGACUGGUCAUGACGGGCACCAAGUGUGGAGAGGGGAAGGUGUGCAAAGAUCGACGAUGUCAAAAUGCAUCUUUUACUGAGUUACACACCUGCAUCGCUCAUUGCCAUGGGCAUGGGGUGUGUAACAGUAAUGGGAACUGCCACUGCAACCGUGGGUGGGCUCCCCCCUUCUGUGAGAAACCAGGACUCGGGGGAAGUGUGGACAGUGGACCUGUGCAGUAUGACAGUCAGGUGGGAUUGGUUGUUGGGCUGUUCUUUGCUUUUCUAGUGCUUCUCCCUGCUGUACUUAUUGCCUUCUACUGCAUCAAGAUAAAAAGCUCCUACUGCCACAAGUGGAGAACACAGAGAGAGAAGAGCAAAGCCAGCAGAAUUAAUGUUUAG